ACCUGUCAACUGUCAAGCAAACAUGUUUGAGACACAAUCGUGUAAAAAUAAUUAAAUAAACACUAAAACGGUGUUUUGAACAUCUCUUGAUGUGUUUUUUAGUUUCUUGAUUAGUAAUUAAUGUAACACAUUGUUGUGAAUUAGGGCUUCUCUGAAAUAUAAAGAAAUGUCCGUACAUUAUAAAUUUAAGUCAGCUUUAGAAUAUGACACAGUCACAUUCGAUGGUUUACACAUUUCCGUUAAAGAUUUAAAAAAUUCCAUUAUACAGCAAAAAAGAAUUGGGAAAAAUACAGAUUUUGAUCUACAAGUGACCAAUGCCCAAACUAAAGAAGUUUAUGAAGACGAGAAUGUGUUAAUCCCGAAAAAUACAUCACUUCUAAUUGCGCGUAUUCCGACUGCUGCUCAGACUAAAAGUAAACAAUGGGAAGGCUAUGGGGGCGAUUCUACGCCUCCUAUGAAAUUAGAUGAAAUGGGCCCUAUUGCUAAAGCUGUAGACUUGUCAAGUCUAGAUGCUCCUGAAGACGAUAAAAUUAAAGCAAUGAUAUCGCAAUCCACCCAAGAUUAUGAUCCCAGCAAUUACAUGAAAAUCCGCGGAGCCAAUCAGAUGGGGGCCGUACCGCCCAACUACCGGUGUUACAAGUGCCACCAGACGGGUCACUGGAUCAAAGACUGUCCUCUUAGCAAGGGCCCUGAGCCUAUCGAAAUCAAAAAAAGCACUGGCAUACCCUUAAGUUUUAUGGUGCCAGUAGAAGGCCCCCAAGUACAGGGGGCUAUGAUGACUCCCAAUGGUUCCUACGCCGUCCCAGUUUUAGACCACCAAACGUACACACAAAAACAAACAGCUCCAGCGCCGCUACCCGUUCAGGAGUUAAAACCUGAAAUUCCUGAAGAUUUGCUUUGUUCAAUAUGUUCUGAUUUAUUGACUGAUGCUGUAAUGAUUCCCUGUUGCGGAAAUUCAUUUUGCGAUGAAUGCAUUAGGAGCUUUUUACUCGAGAGUGAGGAGCAUGAGUGUCCUGAUUGUCAUGAGAAAGAUAUUUCACCGACGACUUUAAUUCCGAAUCGAUUUUUGCGAAAUUCAGUCGCAAAUUUUAAAAAUACGACUGGAUAUGUGAAAAAACCGGUGUAUAAACAGAGUUCGACUAGAGUCGACGAUCUUUCGGAGGUCAAGAUCAAGGAAGCACCGACGCUUCAGCCAGAAUCUAAGGUGGAAGAGGAAAAAACUGUUAUUAGUGAAGCAGACUCGACUGAGCAUUCGAAAAAUGAAGAAAAGGUGGAGGUUAAAAGUUCGCCGAAAGUCGAGCCUGAGACCAUCCCUGAAGGUCCUCCAGGUGUCUCACCGGCCGAAUCGCCGAAAACACAGUCGAUAACGAAGAGAGUUAACUCGUCACGUGAACGAUCAAACACGUCAAGACAGCACAAGCACAGGUCACGUGAUGAGUCUCCGCGGCGCCACCAUCGUAAUCAUCGCAAUUCGCCUUAUCGCGAUUCAGGACGUUCUGAAGAAAGGGCUGGCACUCCUACUAUAGAUGAGCCGGGCGUGGCUUCUAACGCGAAUUAUCCGCCUCCUGAAGUACGGCCGUAUAAUGCUCCGCCCAUGAUGGGGAUGGUUCCGCCUAUGCAAGGCCCGCCUCCUAAUUUUCCACCCGGUUAUGCUAAUCCGCCGGCACCAAUAGGAACUUUUCCACCGACCAACGGUCCCCCUCCUAAUUUCCGAUUGCCUCCACCAGGCGCGGCUCCUCCUUAUAUGCCUCCAGGUCCAUAUCAAGUUCCCCCGAGACCGAUUUUCGACACAAGUAGGCCUCCCAUGACUGGACCUCCACCUAUGUACAAUCCCUCCUAUCAAAGUUCAAGAUCGCAUCACCGGGAUUACGGGAUGAGUGACCGCAGAAUGAGAGGCAGGACACCAUCGGGGAGAAAUUACAGAGUCAUCGAUGAUCCGUUAGCGGCUUUUAAUCGUAUGCUUCGUGAAAAGGACGAGAGGGAGAGGCGUGCCAAAAGAAGGCGGAGUUACAGCAGAAGUCGAAGUCGGAGUAGGAGCUACAGCCGGUCACCGCGUCGUUUGAGAAGUCGCUCGCCGAGGAGGCGGAGUCGUUCAAGAUCGUUUUCAAUCAGUAGGUCGCGCUCGAGAUCGUUCUCGGGCAGUUUGAGGGGUACCCCGUUUAGGGACUUCUCCCCUAGACAUUCGCCCCCGAGACGAAGGGGACCUUCGCGCUACAGGUCGCCCAUUCGCUCGCCUCCAAGACACCGUUUCAAGGACAGCCACCAGUUUCGCGAUCACGAUCAUGACAAUGAUCGCGACAGGGAUUACGGUCGAGAUGAUCGCGACUAUAGCAGAGACCGUGAGCAUAGAGGGCGUGAAGAUCGUGAUCGCGACAGAGACAGGGAUUAUUACUACGACAACUACGAUGAAAGAUCGAGAGGAAAAGGAUGGGGUCAGCCGAGAGGACCGCCGCCUCAAUCGCAAGCCGAUUCUUACUACCAGAGCGAAAUGCAGCAUCAGUAUCCGCCGCCGACAAACAGGUACCCUCCGAGAGAUUUUCCGCCACCUUAUACCAAGGAACCUCACGUCAUGCCGCCUGCUAUGAUUCCACCGCGACGCUACGAUGACGUAGCGCCACCUGGUGUGGAGGAACCACCGAUUCCAGGAUUGGAGAAUACCAGAUUUGAGGAAAGGUUUGAUCGAUUCCCAAGUCCGAAUCGGGAGCAGAAGAAGGACGAAGGAAAGAAAGAGAAGAGGAGACAUGAGGCGAGAAGUCGGUCACCAGAGAAGAAACGAAGUCCAGAAGUUCGAAAGAAGUCCAAGUCGAAAGACAAAGAAAGUCCGGAGAAACACAAGAAGAAGAAACGGGAUACGUCGAGCGAUCACGAUAAGAAGACGACUUCUGAUGAAGAGAAAUCAAAAAAGAGUAAAGAUAGAAAGAAGAAGAAAGAGAAGAAGGAUUCAGAUAGGAAGAAACGGAAGGAAAAAAAGGAAAAGCAUAAAGAGAAGAAACACAAAGAGGAUGUUAAAGACCAGGCUCUUCUUAAACAAGAAGAAGAUGAAGAGAAGAAGGGACGAAGUCCUAACUCUAAUGAGGAAAAUAAGGAAGAACCAAAACCUGAUUUAUAUGAUGAUAUGUUAACAGAAGGUGUCGAUACGAAUGUUAUGGAGAGUUAUGGUAAAAUGAAAGAGUCAAGUAUGGAAAAAGAAGAGAAUUUUGAAGAGAAACCAUUGGAAAGAACUUCAGAAGAACGCGAAAUCCAUAAAGAAUAUGAAGAUUCGGAGAAGGAUAUUUUGGAGAUUCAUCCAGAUAUUGAUUUGAAAACUGAUUUGGACGUCAAAAACGAAAUGUUAGCUCAUUUACCUGAGAAGUCGAAAUGGGAAGUCGAAGAUGACGUUACUCUACAUUCGCAAACUAGUCCAAAAGAAUUAGGACGAAAUGAGGUGAAGUCCGAUAAAUUGGGCAAGGUUACCAAUGAGGUAUUGAAAAGAGCGGAAAAUGCAAUUUUCGCUAAAGCUAUCAACGCUAUACGUCCCAUUGAAAUCAAGAAGAUUAGCACAGAUAGAGCCAAGCUUUACUCUGGUGAAAAGGAGGAAGAUGAAAAAGAUGAAGAUAUUGAGAUAAAGAGUAUUUUGAACACUGAAGAUAAGUCUGAACGUAAGAAGAUUGAAGCUCCUAGUCAGCCUCCUGUCCGAUUGUCUGUCAAAGAACGUCUCGGUAUUAAAAUCGAUGAUAUUGACAGAAUUGUUAAAGUCGAUAGAAACAAGUCUCGGAGCGUUUCACCGUUUUCUAGACGUGCCAAUGAAAUUGCUAGAAAUUACGGCGUGGGGGAAAGAAGAGUCGAAGUUGUUGAUAAAAGAAGAAGAGAAAGGUCUCGGGAAAGGUCUCGUCAUAGGGACAGACGCGAUUUUCGCAGAGAUGACUUUUCUAGAAGAGACAGACGAGAUAAAAAUGAGAGUCGAAGAAGAGAUGAUCGAAGACGUGAUCGCUCUAAAAGUAAAACACGUGUUGGCCAAGAAGAAGAAAAGAAAGAAAAAAGGAAACGUUCAAAGUCACGAAGCGACAGUGAAGACCGUAAAGACAAACGCAGGAAGAAGGACAAGAAAGUGAAAAAGGAAAAACUAAAGAAAAACAAAGACGAUGAGGAGAAGAAGGAAGAGCCCAUGGUUAAUGAAGCACAGAGGGUCAAGACUGUAGCGGAAAAGAGAAAGCCGACGAUUGACGAGGCUAAUUUCGAGCCAGAUUAUGAUUUGGAAAGCGAAUCGGAGAAAGAAGAGAGAAAAGAAAAGAAAGUCGAAGAGAAAAAAUCGAGCUCGAGUUCCGAUUCGUCCGAUUCAAGUUCAGAUGAUGACAAGAAAAGGAAGAAACAUAAGAAACACAGAAAGAAAAAGAGUAGGAAAGAUUCGAGUUCGAGUAGUUCGGAUUCGGAAUCGGAUUCGUCCGAUGAUGAUAAGGAGAGGAAGAGGAAGAAACAUAAAAAGAAGCAAAAGAAGAGGAAGAAGAGUAAACAUAAGUAGUUUGAGUUUUUUAGUGGUUGUAUUAUCUAAGCUAAUUAAUUAUAAACGGAGGUAUAAUUAAUUUGUAUAUAGUCAUUCUUUUUCUUGGAUGUGAUUUUUUAAGUUAUGUAAAUUCAAUGAAAAUAAAAUAAAAAUUAAA